CCGUACCCCAGGAGGGUUGAGUUCAGGAGAUGAAUGGCGGACGAUUAAAUGGUGCAGCGUACCAUCCGCAGUCAGGCCUCAGAAGUCUAAACGUCGGUGCCUUCUACAUGCCGCUGGCUUCGUUCGCCGGUCUGUACCUUGCCCUUCGAUGUCUGGCCUUGGUUAAUCCCUGUGUCGUUUGUUUUUAACCUAUGGUGUCGCAUACAAUGCUCGCUCUUAGAGGUUGCAACUUAGAUCGUAACCACGUUACAGUCCUGACGAGACAUUUCCGUCGACUAUCUUCGACUCUCGAUCCGCCCUGACUGGUGGAUCUUUCGUCGCCCCUUCUCAAGAUAUUCAUGUUGUCUAGCCAUUUGUUCUUAAGUCGAUGCAAUCCUUUCCCUUUUGGCUCCCGAAAAGAGCAACGACCAUGAGCCUGAGGUCAUUUCCUGAGAUGUGGUAUCAGAUAUUCCUGUGGGCGUUAUUCUCAUCGAUAUUUGUUCAUACAAUCGCUGCAGCAAUUUGCUUUGCCACACUGCGAAAGCAUAAAUACGGAAAAUUCUUUCCCAUUCUGAUCCUCAUAAUGGGUGUGAUAAUGCCGUUGACAUUUGGAGUGUUAAGUUCAGCUGUGAUAGCAUUUGUUUAUCGUGCAACAGGUUAUCAAAUGCCACCUCUGUAUGCUCUUUUAUGGGGUAUCGGACAGACAGUCAUGGCAGCCUGCGUUGGAUUUACUCGAAUUCUGGCAACUCUUUAACUACGUCCCACUCACCAUCCACAGAGAUAUGUAAAAAUAAUUAUUUUACAUUUACCUCGUCAGUCUUUUCCACGUCAUUCUGUUCAAAUACUUUUUUAUCGAUGUAAAUUGUGAACUCAUAAGCAAUUGGAAAUUUACUUUAGGUAGGAAAUAAUGCAAUUGUCAAUUUAAUUAUAAUUAGCUCAUCUCUGUCUACUGGAAGACGAUAGUAGCCUUUUAUUUAGUUUAUGGUAUAUUGUACAAAUGUAUUUUGACAUACUAGGAUGUCAGAUAUCAACUUAGUGAUUUUAUAUUGGAUUCAUUUAUAUGUAUCUGUAAAUUUGAUUUGUCGGUUUGAAUGUAUUUCUGUAAUUAAGUGAGAGGCCAACUCGAAGGUGAUAGGGUGAUAUCAACGGAUGUAUGAAGACUGAACUAAGCGAUUCUAGAUAUGGUCACUUUUUCCAGUUUUUCAUCGGUGAAUAUCGUGGCAAAUGAUUUCGAAAUCCUUUUGAUAUCAAGUGGUUGGCACAAUAAAAAGUAGAAAGGUAAACCCGACAGCGGAAAUGAAAUUCUUUGACGACUUUCUACUAGACUGAUUUAGAGAUCGAACAAAUCGAGAGACCGUUGACAGAAAAAGAACACAGUGCGAAACAAAUAGUUGAAUCAUCCGAACAAAUUCAAUUAAGCGAAAGAAUUUUUAGCCGUGCUUAAAAAAUUGUAUUAAAUUUAAGCAAGACUUCGUCGUAAUUUAAUUAAUAACCAAUUUUGCAAGAUGUUGUCCCACCACUCGAUAACUCAUAAUUUUACAAGAUUAUUCCUUUCAAUGUGUGCAUGAUCUCACUCAUCGUAGCUAAUAGAUGUAAUAAUUCUGUACAUAAACAUCGCAGUUGCAAAUCCGAUUUAGUUGUAUGGAAUAUGUUCUUCGUAGCUACGGUAUUCUAGAGGAAUACCUCAGCUUGUUAGCUCACCGAUGUCUUUCAUACAAUUUCCUCUCCACGUCGUCACGACGGUCUCUGUAAUCGUCGAACGUCGUAUCUAUUUUUUCCCUCUCUCUUUCUU